CACGGCGCCGGGAAAGAUGGCGGCGUUGGUGAGGUGCAUUCAGUCGGUUGUGAAACCAUUGCUGCCAAUCGUCCAGACUUGGGACCUCGAAGCGCGACGCUGGGUGCGGGCGCUGCGGAGGAACCCUGUGAAAGUGGUAUUUCCAUCCGGAGAGGUGGUAGAAAAGAAGCGUGCUCCUGGGAAGCAGCCCCGCAAGGCAGCCUCUGAAGCCAGUUCCCAGGAGCAGCGAUAUAAACAGCCACUUCGUAUGUCCCCAUCCCAGACGCCUGGUACCUGGGAAGAAGCAGGGCUUCACUACGAUAAAGCUUUUCCUGGAGACAGUAGGCUGAGGAGUAUAAUGACAAUCGUUAAGUCCAGGUCAUUUCGCGAAAGGAAAGGGAAGAUUCUGUUGGAAGGUCGCAGACUGAUUGCAGACGCUCUCAAGGCAGGAGCUGUACCAAAGGUUUUUUUCUUUAGCCGUCUAGAAUACGUUAAGGAGUUGCCAGCCCAUAAGUUGAAAGGAGUCAGCCUCAUAAAGGUGAAAUUUGAGGAUAUCAAGGAUUGGUCCGACCUAGUAGCUCCACAAGGAAUAAUGGGAAUUUUUGCCAAACCUGACUGUGUUAAGAUGACAUAUCCAGAGACUCAGCUUCACCAUUCACUACCUUUAUUGUUGAUUUGUGACAAUCUCCGUGACCCUGGGAACCUAGGGACAAUUCUGAGAUCUGCAGCUGGGGCAGGCUGCAGCAAAGUGUUACUCACCAAAGGCUGUGUGGAUGCCUGGGAGCCCAAAGUCCUACGGGCAGGGAUGGGGGCACAUUUCCAAGUGCCCAUUAUUAACAAUCUGGAAUGGGAAUCAGUGCCCAACUAUCUGCCCCCUGACACCAGGGUCUACGUGGCAGACAACUGUGGUCUCUAUGCCCAGGCCCAGAUGUCUAACAAAGCCAGUGACCAUGGCUGGGUGUGUGAUCGACGAUUCCUGAAGUUCCACAAGUAUGAGGAGGAGGUGGAGGAAGACAAGGAUCUAGAGACCAGAGCCAGUAAAGGGUGGCUCCCUGAACUCGAGGUGCAGAAUUACGACUUGGACUGGACAGAGGCACCAGCAGCUGUGGUGGUAGGUGGGGAGACCCAUGGUGUGAGCCUGGAGUCCCUGCAGUUGGCUGAGAGCACAGGGGGCAAGAGGCUGCUGAUUCCUGUCGUGCCUGGUGUGGACAGCCUGAACUCAGCCAUGGCUGCAAGUAUCCUGCUUUUCGAAGGGAAAAGACAGCUGCGGGUAAAGGCAGAAUACUUGAGCAGGGACAGGAGUUAACAUUGAGAGGAUGCCUCUAGCUUCUUCCCUGGCACAGUGUUAGGAGAUUGACACAGUUGGCAACUGUGGCUUCCUAGGCUACGUGCAGGAGGAGGAAGUAGGCAUUAGUGCCAUAUGGUUAUUGGAACAGUAAAAAUUUCCAUCGAAGUUUCUGCUUUUCAUCAUAAAUAACAAAGGUCAGCGUUAACUAGAGGUUAGCAUUUCCGCUCUCUCCCGCAGUGAGUGCAUCAUGAGGUGAAUCCUGAGUGUGAAUGCACAUGUCAAACUGUACCCUGAGGAUAAAGCAAUUUGUAAUGUGUGAGGAAAGGAUUAAAUAUUUGUUUUCCAAAAA